UGCGCGUCUAUACCUACUCAUCAUAUUCGGGGCCAUCCUGUUCUCGAACACUUCGGGUUCGCAUAUGAGCUUGAGGUAUCUUCGGUAUAUCGACGAUCUCGCCGAGAUAGGAUGUUAUAGUUGCGGCGCUGCUGUGCUGGGCUACAUAUAUCGAGGAUUCUGCCGAUGUUCUAUGGGCACGAGGGUAGAGGUCCCUGCAUUUUGCUCGCUCCUUCAGAUAUGGGUGUGGACUAGGUUGAGACCUUUUCAGCCCAUACCAGCUCACCCUCCCGCUGACUAUCUUACUGUGCCGAUGCCAUACGCGCGGAGAUGGUCGCGAGGCGUACGCCGACGUGUGGAGACGCACCACAGCCUUCUCCCGUUUAGGGAUCAGCUAGACCGCAUGACGGCGCAGACGGCUUUUAUAUGGACGUCGUAUGAUCAUAUUUUGGAUGACCUGCGGCAUUUUGUACGGACCGUUCAGACGAUGCGCUAUGAGAGCAUUGCCCGUACGGAGGCCCCCGAGACGGCGGAGUAUACAAAGACGGAUGAUUGA